CGGCGGGAAGCGUUGGGCGGGGCCAGAGCCGAUGGCCGAGAAGAUGGAAGCUGAGGAGUCUGCCUCGUCUUGUAGCGUUCCUGGCCCUUCACAACCGGCGGUGCAGACCGGAGCCGCGGCUACAAGUGCUGACACGUCCGGCCGUCUCCUCCUCUUUAACACCAUGGUGGAGAAGUUUCUGGAGGGGCUGAUAGAGGGGGGAAGUUACCAGAGGUUCGCUCGCUGUUACCGGAGGUUCUACAACGUACAGCCGGAGAUCACCCGCAGCAUCUACGACCAGUUUGUAUCGCAGCUGCACGCAUCCAUAAACGCCGAGAUCCAGGAGAUCAAGGAUGAGGGGAGCCUGGAGGCGCUGCUGGAGUCUCUGGACAAACUGGAGCGAGAGGCCAAAACUAAAACCGACCCGCAGUGGCGUCCUAGUGGGAUUCCAGAGGAAGACGUCCGCAGCCACCUCGUGCCGUACCUCCUCCAGCAGCGGGAAUACCUGCGACGGCUCUUAAAGGAGAAGCAGCAGGAGAACGCCAGGCUGGCGCAGUCCGUCCUGGCCGGGAGGGAGAAGAUAGAGGAGAUGCGGAGAGAGAUUGAGAGGAGGAAGCAGGCCUGGCAGAGUCUGAGUCAGUCGCAGAGGGAGCUCAUUCUCUCCAUUCAGGGGUCGAGGGAGGGGAUCUGACCUCAGCUCAUCAGUCCUCCAGUGGUAUCGCGUCUUUUUCUGGUUGUCUUGUUGUCGAUGUUAAUAAAGUUUUUUUUUUUU